CUACUGAGCAGUUCGCAGUGUUGCUGUCCUCAGAAGCGAACAACUUCUGCGAGAGGGCAGGGAGGAGGUGCAGGGUUUGUACAGGAGCAAGUUCACCUCCCUGAGCAAAUGUGCUUGAGGGAUGUUGCAGCCGACAGCAGCGGUCGGGGAUUGUGUGCGACUCGCUGAUACAUUAAAAUCUACCGGGGAAGAAAUAAGGAGGGAACAAGUUCACACUGCCUACUCCGGACAGACUCAAACCUUGGGCGAGAGGAGCAGCUGCAGUUGUCAGGUAGCCAGCCAGGUGACUUGAAGGUCACUGGAGGUGGAGGAGAGAGAGAGAGAGAGACAGAAAUAUAAAAACACCUGACGUGCAGAGGAGUCCGGGGAGCAGUGCCAGCGGGCAGCUGCCGGGCGAGGGAGAAGCUGGUUCACACUCAGGAUCCUGCUGCUAGCCGGGACAGACGGAGCAGGGAGCUGCAGAGUUCCUGCGCUCACACACCAUGGCUGAGAGAAGUGAGAAGGUGCCCUCGAAAAAGGCAGGCCUUCGAGCAGCAGUGGUCCUGAUAGGGUUACUGCACAGAUCCCGAAAGGAAAAGGACAGACGGAGACAAGAGAUGGCAAAUGGGUCCAAUACAAGCGCCCUCGAACCACACUUAUCACCACCUCACACAGCUCCACCAUCCACUCGGUCAACAGAAUUCUUUGAAAUGCUGGAUAAGAUGCAGACUCUAAAAUUUGAUGAGCAGAAGGACAAGAGCAACAGGCAGAAGGAUGAUUACAUCCCCUAUCCCAGUAUUGAUGAGGUCAUCGAGAAAGCGGGGCCAUAUCAGUCCAUUAUCCUCCCUCAGUUUGGUGGGUACUGGAUUGAAGGAAUGGAUACCAUUAAUACCCCAACAUCAUCCGAAAGUAGUUUCUGCGAGGAGGAUGUGGUAGAGAGCCUGAGUCCCAGCACCUUUGGGUACAAGCUGGAAUGCAACAGUACUGCCAGAGCUUACAGGAAGCACUUUCUCAAUAAGGAGCAUUUGAAUUUUUAUACCUCAUGCGGUGUUCUGGGAAACCUGGUCAUUUCAGUCAAGUAUGAAGAUACUGAUGGGCAAGAAUAUCUGAGGAUCAUACUCAGGUCCAAAUCGAAAACAAUCCACGAGCGACUCCCUCUCGAUGGAGUAUCCCGAAUUCCCAGUAUUCCACUGAUAGCAAAGCUUCUCUGUGAUGACCUGACCUGUGUGAAAUUCUCCCCCGUACUUUAUCCUAAGGGAUCCAAGUUCAUAGUGGCAUAUGAUGAACAUGAGAUCAAUAACAACUUCAAGUUUGGUGUCAUUUAUCAGAAGGUCAGACAGACCACUGAAGCCGAGUUAUUUGGCAACAAUGAGGAAAGCCCUGUUUUUAAGGAAUUCUUGAAUUUACUCGGAGACACAGUUGAGCUCAAGGAUUUUAAAGGUUUCCGAGGAGGCCUUGAUGUUGCCCAUGGUCAAACAGGGUCAGAGUCUGUCUACACCAUCUUCAAAGAUAGAGAGAUUAUGUUCCAUGUUUCUACAAAGCUGCCGUUUACAGAAGGGGACUCUCAGCAGCUGCAAAGAAAACGGCACAUCGGGAAUGACAUUGUGGCAAUUGUAUUUCAAGAGGAAAACACACCGUUUGUUCCAGAUAUGAUUGCUUCUAAUUUCCUUCAUGCAUACAUUGUGGUACAAGUGGAGACUUAUUGUGCAGAUAUAACUACUUACAAGGUUGCUGUCACUGCCCGAGAGGGUGUUCGUCAAUUUGGGCCCCCACUGCCCAGCCCACCAGUGUUUAAAAAGGGCCCUGAAUUCAGAGAGUUUCUACUCACAAAGCUCAUCAAUGCGGAAACGGCUUGUUACAAGUCUGAGAAGUUUGCAAAGCUGGAGAAUCGCACACGAGCAGCACUGCUGGACAACUUGCACGAUGAGCUCCACAAUCAGACACAGGCAAUGUUGGGACUGGGCUCUGACGAAGAUAAGAUGGAAAAUGGCGGUCAUGGAGGAUUCCUGGAGUCUUUCAAGAGGGCUCUCCGUGUCCGCAGCCACUCAAUGGAGACCAUGGUGUCAGGUCACAAGAAGCAUCACAGCGGAGGGUUGCCGGGCAGCCAGAGUGGUGGGAUCUCUCACAAUGUGGUAGACAUCAUCAAGCACCCUCCUAAUCAGCAAGUAAAACUUCUGAAGAGUCCAGGGAAAAGGAGAUCAGCUGUCUUCCCUCGACCCCAUACAAGCUCAGACAGUCAGUUGGAUGGGAGACCACGCUGUGAAAGUCUUUCGAGUUUGUCAAAGACAGCUGAGAGUGGUCAGAUCUCAUCGGACAUCAGACGGGAAGCAUCGUCGAAUCCAAGCUCUCCUGAAAUGGGUCCCAACAAAGACAGGAUCUGCAGCAAACUCAAGGAGAAUGGCAAGAGCAACAUCUCCCGUUCUUCAUCAAGCACAAGUAGCUUUAGCAGCACGGCUGGUGACAAUGAAGCUCUGGAGGACUAUGAGUCCAGUGCAGGGAAUCAGCCAUCCAUAGCAUCUCCUUUCCGACAAGAAGUCUUUGUCUACAGCAAUGAAAACCAAAGCAGCCCAAACCAAAUGAGCUUGUGCAAGAGCCCCACAGAUACAGCCAAGAGUAAAACCUCUCCAAGAACUACUUUAAAAUUCAGAUUUGAUAAACUCCAUCACAGCUCAAACCAGCAGGGUCACUAACAAGAAUCAGUGCCCCACCUGGCAUUAUGCACUUGUAAGUGAACACCAUUUCAGGGAUAAUCCGGCUGACAGUAAAGGCGCCCUUCAUUCCCUCCAACAGCUAGUGGAAACUUCCAUUCACUGCAAAUGUAGCUACAGCCGGUUCACCUUGAGCUGCACCCGUCCUUUCUGCAUCUGAAACACACCUUCCUGUGUCCUGGGAGGCUGGAAAUCACCAGGAAAUUCUGUCCUACAUCUGCUGUUACAGGGGUUCAGGUAGUCCACUCCAGCUUCAUGGCAGGCCUAUUCAGGGCCCACUCGGAGAUGUGUUACUGUCAGGGUUUAGGUAAUUCAGCAGUCUAAUGCAUGUACACUGUAGAAGGUAUGGAUAAUCUUCAAUGUCCCCUGUUUCCUUCCCUUGCCUGGUGCUGCAGCCUCUUGAAAAGAAGCGUUCUAUGGGCACCUCGCUGGUGAGGUACUGUUUCAAAAGCAUUAAGCUUGCUUCUUUGCAGCUUAUGAUGGGAUGUACCUGGGACAGAUAUAUUGAAAGAGAUUCUGCAUAUCCUAAAAACAGACCUCCUAGAGGUCUCCAAGCCCACUGGGAAAACAUUUGAGGUGAUCUCACUGCCUCCUGUCCAAGGACAGAGGGCAACAAAACCAGGAGACCUCAGGGAUAUCAAUCUUCAAACACAUCCUCCCUUGUCUAGUCAUUCU